AUGGAGCUUCCAGUUCCAUCAGCAUUGUGCGGCUCACGUGCAGCAUCUGCGACGGUCAACUGGCCUUCCUCGGCUGGCAUCAGGAAGCUGACAUGGUCCAGCGCUGAUGCCCAUGGCGAUUGGAAAGCCACUACUUAUACUUUGAUUGCCUCUUUGGUCCUUGGCUCCAAGCUGCUCAGGCGAGGACAGAGCCGCGGACCUGCAAGAUCAGUGAAAGCUGCUGGUUGCGGCAGAUCCGGAACUCGGAGGGAGCAGAUUUUUCUAGAUGUCGUGGCUGCAGCAGUUGCUGCUGGCCCAUCUGCUGCCGCUGCCAAAGGUGGCAAUCCUUUUCUGCUCGUCCAGGAUGGGGAGGAGGCAUUCAGAAAAAACCGCGUGGAGGAAUCGAUCGACUUGUUUGACAGCGCCGCCGAGUCAGGAUAUCCGAAGGCGAGGCUUUGGCAACGUGGACUCUCCCUGUACUACGCGAAGGAUUUCACAGCCGGGUCGCAGCAGUUCAGGAAGGACGUGGAGAUGAAUCCCAAUGACACUGAGGAGUCGAUUUGGGCGUUCCUUUGUGAUGCCCAACUGGUUGGGUUCGAUGAGGCACGAAAGCAGAUCUUGAAAGUUGGUGUGGACCCCCGACCGGUCAUGCGCACAGCCAUGGCUUUGUUUAGGGGCGAUGAUGAUACCAAGUACCUGGCCGCUCUUGAAGACUUGUCCGGCGGUGGCGGCUCUGAUGUCUUUUACUCCUGUCUCUACCUGGGCUUGUACUAUGAGGCGAAAGGCGACGUGGAGAACGCACGACGGUACCUCUUGAAAGCCACGACUUGCCGGUAUGGCAAAGGUAGCACUGAUUAUAUGGCCGAUCUGGCCCGGGUGCAUGUCGCUCGGCGCGGCUGGGGCGAAGUAGAGUUUUGA